GGAGGGCUCGGAGGGGGCGGGGUGGAUAUAAGACGACAGCCCCUCCCGCGGUCCCCUCCCUCCUGCCCACUCGGCUCCCGCUCUCGCUGUCUGGACCCGGAGCCUCCUCCGGACGGGUCCCGCAAGGUCGCCCCGCACGCGCUGCAAGUCAGGACGAGGACAUCAGGGCGCACGGGUGCUGCCGAGAUGCUGCGAGGCCCCUGCUCUGCCCUCCUGCUCUGGGGGCUCCUGGGGACGCUCCACGCCCAGCAGCAGGAGGUCAUCGCACCCGGCACCUCCGAGAGAAACAGCUGCCCAGAGAAGGCCGACUGCCCGGUCAACGUGUACUUCGUGCUGGACACCUCGGAGAGCGUCACCAUGCAGUCCCCCACCGACAGCCUCCUGUACCACAUGCAGCAGUUCGUGCCGCAGUUCAUCAGCCAGCUGCAGGACGAGCUGUACCUGGACCAGGUGGCCCUAAGCUGGCGCUACGGCGGCCUGCACUUCUCCGACCAGGUGGAGGUGUUCAGCCCACCCGGCAGUGACCGGGCGUCCUUCACCAAGAGCCUGCAGGCCAUCCGCUCCUUCCGCCGCGGCACGUUCACCGACUGCGCGCUGGGCAACAUGACCAGGGAGGUCCGGCAGCACGGGGCCAAGGGAGUGGUCAACUUCGCGGUGGUCAUCACCGAUGGCCACGUCACCGGCAGCCCGUGCGGCGGCAUCAAGCUGCAGGCCGAGCGGGCCCGCGAGGAGGGCAUCCGGCUCUUCGCCGUGGCCCCCAACCGGAACCUGAACGAGCAGGGCCUGCGCGACAUCGCCAGCAUGCCCCUGGAGCUCUACCGCAGCAACUACGCCACCAUGCGGCCCGAUUCCACCGAGAUCGACCAGGACACCAUCAACCGCAUCAUCAAGGUCAUGAAACAUGAGGCCUAUGGAGAGUGCUACAAGGUGAGCUGUCUGGAGAUCCCUGGGCCCCCUGGCCCCAAGGGCUACCGUGGACAGAAGGGUGCCAAGGGCAACAUGGGUGAACCUGGAGAGCCUGGACAGAAGGGGCGACAGGGCGAUCCAGGCAUCGAAGGGCCCAUCGGAUUCCCAGGACCCAAGGGUGUUCCUGGUUUCAAAGGAGAGAAGGGAGAAUUUGGAGCGGAUGGGCGGAAGGGUGCCAGUGGCCUGGCUGGCAAGAAUGGGACUGACGGACAGAAGGGCAAGCUGGGGCGCAUCGGACCUCCUGGCUGCAAGGGCGACCCCGGGAGUCGGGGCCCCGACGGCUAUCCAGGGGAUGCAGGCAGCCCUGGGGAGCCAGGAGACCAAGGAGCCAAGGGGGAUGCUGGCCGCCCAGGACGCAGAGGACCCCCAGGAGACAACGGGGCCAAGGGGAGCAAGGGCUAUCAAGGCAACAACGGAGCCCCAGGAAGCUCUGGUGUGAAAGGAGCCAAAGGCGGGCCUGGGCCCCGAGGACCCAAAGGCGAGACCGGGCGCAGGGGAGACCCCGGAACCAAGGGCAGCCCGGGCAGCGAGGGCCCCAAAGGCGAGAAGGGGGACCCUGGCCCCGAGGGGCCCCGGGGCCUGGCCGGGGAGGUUGGUGGCAAAGGAGCUAAGGGAGACCGAGGCCUGCCUGGACCCAGAGGUCCCCAGGGGGCUCUCGGGGAGCCCGGGAAGCAGGGAUCUCGGGGAGACCCCGGUGAUGCUGGUCCCCGUGGAGACUCGGGACAGCCUGGCCCCAAGGGAGACCCUGGAAGGCCUGGGUUCAGCUACCCAGGACCCCGAGGCACACCCGGAGAGAAAGGAGAGCCAGGACCGCGCGGCCCCGAGGGGGGCAGAGGCGACUUCGGUGUGAAAGGAGCACCUGGGCAGAAAGGAGAGAAAGGGGAACCUGCAGACCCUGGUCCCCCUGGCGAGCCAGGCCCUCGGGGGCCAAGAGGAGCCCCAGGACCUGAGGGAGAGCCCGGCCCCCCUGGAGACCCUGGCCUCACGGAGUGCGAUGUCAUGACCUACGUACGGGAGACGUGCGGGUGCUGUGACUGCGAGAAGCGGUGUGGUGCCCUGGAUGUGGUGUUUGUCAUCGACAGCUCUGAGAGCAUAGGCUACACCAACUUCACGCUAGAGAAGAACUUCGUCAUCAACGUGGUCAACAGGCUGGGGGCCAUCGCCAAGGACCCCAAGUCCGAGACUGGGACCCGCGUCGGUGUCGUGCAGUACAGCCACGAGGGCACCUUCGAGGCCAUCCAGCUGGACGACGAGCGCAUCGACUCGCUGUCCAGCUUCAAGGAGGCCGUCAAGAACCUCGAGUGGAUCGCAGGCGGCACCUGGACGCCCUCGGCCCUCAAGUUCGCCUAUAACAAGCUCAUCAAGGAGAGCCGGCGGAAGAAGACGCGCGUGUUUGCGGUGGUCAUCACUGACGGCCGCCACGACCCUCGGGAUGACGACCUGAACCUGCGGGCGCUGUGUAACCACGAGGUCACCGUGACAGCUAUCGGCAUCGGGGACAUGUUCCACGAGAAGCACGAAAGCGAGAACCUCAACUCCAUUGCCUGCGACAAGCCCCAGCAGGUGCGCAACAUGACGCUCUUCUCUGACCUGGUGGCCGAGAAGUUCAUCGACGACAUGGAGGACGUCCUGUGCCCGGACCCCCAGAUCGUGUGCCCGGACCUUCCCUGCCAAACAGAUGGACCGCGGCCUGGCAGCGAGCCCCUGGUCACCUUCCUCCGCACGGAAGAGGGCCCAGACACCUCCUUUCCCAAGAGCGUCCCCCUGAUCCAACAGUUGCUAAACGCCACGGAGCUCACGCAGGACCCGGCCUCCUACUCCAGGCUGGUGGCCGUGCUGGUCUACACCGCCGAGCGGGCCAAGUUCGCCACAGGAGGCGAGCGGCAGGACUGGGUGCAGCUGUUCAUUGACACCUUUAAGCUGGUGCACAGGGACGUUGUGGGCGACCCGGAGACCGCACUGGCUCUCUGCUGAAGCCACAGGGCCACUGCUCGGAGAGGCUGGAGCUGCCCCCACUGGGCGCCCGCUGGGCACAGGGGCCUGACGACAACAGGAACCUCUCAGUCUGGAGGCCUGACGCCAAGAUCCCGGUGUCAGCAGGGCCGUGCUCCCUCUGGGGGCUCCCGGGAGGGUCCUUCUUGCCUCCCAGCUGCUAGCUGCCUGCAUGGUCGCAUGGCCUCCCCUUCUGCAGCCUAACCUCCUUCUUUCUCCCUUAUAAGGACGUAGGUGGCAUUUAGGGCUCACAGAUAACCCUGGACAAUUUCCCAUCUCCGUCUGUAAUUCUGUCCCAUCCGCAAAGCCCUGUUUCACCACAGAAGGUCACAUUCGCAGAUUGGGACAUGGGCAUCUUUGAAAGGACAGUAUUCAGGUGACCACACCACCCUGUCUAGCUGAGCUGUCUCACGCAUCUGGGGGACGUAAAAGUCCCCUAUUAGGUCAAACCCGGCUGCCAAAACUGUUGGCUGACAGUUGGGGGAGGGACUACAGACACCAUAUACUCAUCUUUCUCCAGCCCCAGGCCCCUGGGAGAGGCAGGGCUUCGAGGACACUCAGACACACACUGCUUCAGUCUGCAUCCCCUCCUGGUUCCUGGGGCCAGUCUCUGCGCCACAGGUGGGGGUCAUCAGAAGGAAAGAAGGGGAACAGCAGAGCCUCCUAAACACUACAACACCCCAGGCUUAGCCUCCGGCCUCUGCCCGGUCACCCUGUGUUCGGGAGAACUCCCCAAACCCCCUCUCCCGCAUGUCUGUCUGCUUGUAGGACUAGAAGUCAAGGCACCUGGAGAACCUGCUGAGCUCUCAGCUGUCCUGGCUGUGCAUCUAAAGGCUGUUCUUUCUUUGCACUGUCACCAAAAUAAGCUACUUCAUUAAUAAGCUCCUUAGAAAAGUGUCCUGUGUGCUGGCCCCCAGCACCACGUGGUGACACUUCUGGGGGUCGUCCUUCAGAUGCUUUGAGCACACCUUCAACAUCCUAUAAAAGCUGGAAAACAA